ACACUGCAAAUUGUGAAACCCUGAGUCGAACUACCCAUAUCGUUUUUUUUUUCCGUUCGAGUUGGAGAUUUCACCUCUUGUUUCUGGUUUAGGUAGGAAUCGAUUGUUUUAUUUUCCUCCCGUUCGAUAUGUACUGUGAUCGAGUGGAAGCUGAAACUGGAAUCAGCAAAACGUUAAAGAACCGUCUCAAUGGCGGCUCCGGUCACAUCUCUUCUCGCAACACACAAGUCACGAGGAAGAGAGGAAGGGCGGAUGAUGAUAAGUGGGAGCAUGAUCUUUUCGAAGGCUACGACGAGCCUCAGCUUUCAAACCGCAGAAUUGACCCUAAAGAUCUCCGUUUGAAGCUUCGAAAGAAACAUCAUGGCUUGCAAAGUGGUGGACGAGCAUUUAGUCUGAGCGUUGGGGAUCUACGGAAUAAGCUCUCUGGGACUGUGAAUCCGCAAUCUAGAAGGGAGGCUGCUAGACCUGUCAUAAGGAAGGUUGCAGGUGCAACCAAAUCUGAGACUAGAACAGCUCCGAACGGAGCAACCAAGAAGAAAUCACAGCAGAAUGAUGAAUCGGUUGAUAGCUUCCUGGAAUCAUUGGGUCUCGAGAAAUAUUCCACCUCAUUUCAAGUGGAAGAAGUUGAUAUGGAUGCUCUAAUGCAUAUGACAGAUGAUGACCUCAAAGCUCUGCUCAUACCAAUGGGACCUAGGAAGAAGAUACUUCUUGCUUUGGGAUCUAAACGUGGAUAGUCCAGCUUCGAGCUUUAGGUGCAUGAUGAUACAUCUGGGAUGGUGUCAGAAAGAUGCUGCAUUUGACUUUUCUUUCUCAUCUUUAUCUCGAGCUACAAAAAGUAGUUGAGAGUUUUGAGAUUAAACGGUUGUAACCUUUUAACAUAGAGAGUGAGACAAGAAGAUCAAUCUUGAUUCUCUUGAUGAAUCUUGUAGAAGCAAAGGAGACAAGAUAACAAAAUUUGUUAUUUUCAUUUGAUAAAUCA